UGCCCGUGGGGCCUGCCCGUGUGCGUGGGCGCCAUGGAGGCCAUCCAGACGCGGCGGGCGGAGGGGGCGGCGGGGGCCUUCUGGCGGGCGCUGCUGGAGGGCGACGGGUGCGCGCUGCUCUGCCUCCUGCGCGACCCCGACAGCGGCGUGGGGCCCAACUCCGUCUUCGACACCAGCGACAGCGAGGAGUGGAAGGCGCUGCGGGGCAACUCCCGGUGGCUGAGGAUCUGGGCGCUGACCUACGAGCAGGAGCUGACCUCCCCGCUGCACGUGACGGCGGGGCGUGGCUUCGUGGACUGCCUGCGGCACCUGCUGCUUCGCGGGGCGGAGGUGGACCUGGCCCCCGGGGGGAGGACGGCCCUGCACGAGGCCUGCGCCGCCCCCGCCCCCGACUGCGCGCGCCUCCUCCUCUCCUUCGGCGCAGACCCCCGCGCCCCCGCCCAGCCCGACGGGAGGAGACCCCUCCACUUCUGCCGCAGCCCGGACUCCCUCGAGUGCGCGCGCCUCCUUCUGUCCCACGGCGCGGUGGUGAACGAGGCCCCUGAGGAGGGCGAAAGCGAGGGCGAGACCCCCUUGCACGUGGCGGCGCGGCUGGGCCUGGCGGGCCACGCGCGGCUCUUCCUCUCCCACGGGGCGCUCCUGGAGGCCCGCGACGCCGCCGGGCGGACCCCUCUGCACGCCGCCUGCUCGGCCGGGCCCCUCCGGGGUGGGGGCGUGGGCGAGGGCGAGGGUCGGUGGGCGGUGUGCCGGCUGCUGGUGGCGGCGGGGGCGCGCGUGGAGGCGUGGGACCAGGACCGGACGCGCCCGCUGCACUGCGCCUGCAAGGCCGGCGACCACCGCGCGGUGUCGCUGCUGCUGGAGCGCGGGGCCAGCGCCAACCUCAUGGCCUACGGGGGGGGCACCCCGCUCCACCUCGCCCUCCAGGCCGCCGCCGCCCCCCACGCCCCCCACGAUGGCCCCGAUGACCCCGAAGACCCCGACCCCGCCGGGGAUGUCCGGCCCGAGCUGGUGGUGCGCCUCCUCCUCAACCACGGCGCCGUCCGCGUCUGGCCGGGGGCACUCCUCAAGGUGGUCCGCCAUUGCUGCGCGUGCCCGCGGGCGCUGGAGGCGCUGCUCAACACCUACGAGCGCGUCCCCGUCACCGAGGAGUGGAGGGAGGCCGUGCCCGAGGAGGUGCAGCAGCGUGACCGGCGCUUCUUCGAGUCCCUGUGGGGGCUGGGGGGCUCCCCGCGCGCCCUGCGCCACCUCUCCCGCCUGGCCCUCCGCGCCGCCCUCCAAGGACGCCCCCUCCCGCCCCUCCUGCCCCGCCUCGGACUCCCCCCACCCCUCCGGCGCUUCCUCCUCCUCCGCUUCGAGGGCGCCCUCCAAUAGAAAGCAUCCCAGCGGGGGGGGG